UCACAAAUGAUCUCGUUGUCAUAGUCUAUGCCAACGACGAUGCCAGUUCUCGCUUUGCAGUUGGACUUGGACACUACCUCGGUAGACCGCUGGUGUAUGUUGCCUGUGAAAAGCCCGCAAAUGGUGAGGUCCCGUGGACAGACUUCUGCAAGAAAGUUGCGCUCACCUCCCGCAAUCAAUUUGGGAUGUUCGGGUCGUCUGGUACACUGGGAGCGUGCUCACCAACGUAAUGGUUGACGUCGGGCAAUGCCCCGGUUGUUGUAUUGGGCCACGCGAAUGCACGACUGCGUCUGAUGAUCGAGAUGGUCUCGACAUGCCGGGGUUCAUGAAGACAGUUCGCAAUAUUCGUGGGUUGAAGCUAGAUGGGAAGAACGUUUGGCUUUACGAGUGUUCUGAUCAAAUGAUUGCGCUCGGCGACUAUGGCGACUAUUCCAAUGGCAAUUUCAAACCUGACGGCAACAUAUUCGAGAAUAUGCGUACACUCGGCAUCGACCCCGGGGAUCCAACUUAUCGCCCAGUGGUUUCCCGCUUAUCCGGGGAUGCGGACGUAUUGGCUCGUGAGCGGGAUCGACAUGGUUUUGCAGUGGACUCUUACCUUCAGGGUGAACAUGAAGGCCGCUCACUUCCCAACAAUCAAGGACUCGUGCUACUGCUGAAAGCCUUGUCCACGCAUCUUUCCGGAAAACAUCUGGUGACAACAAUCAUACAAUGUUCGGUUCUCAACAGAGUCGAUGGCUUGGGAGGGCGGAGGGAAUCGCGAGGUGGUGAGCAUUGCCCAAAGAUGAUAUCUUACAUUCUCUUUGAUCUUGGCAUCAGAUUCGGCAUCUAGAACCGGUGGUCACUCUACUGUCUUUGUCCCUUUAUGCACCAUUGCAAGCCCA